CUCUGGGGCCAGCCCAUCUCCCUGCCUCUUCUCCCCACUGAGCAGUCAGAAGAGCAGAAAACCCUCAUAGGCCUGUGCACCUGGGGCCUGUGCCCUGCAGACAAGGUAGCCACUGUCGCCAUGGCCCGCAUCAUCGACCUGGUGCCCUGGGAGGACGGCUCCACCCAUGUGUACGUGUCCCCCGCCAUCCUGCUGCCCAUGGAGCCAACACGCAACCAGCUGGCCGGCGUGAAGCGGCAGCUCUACCACCCGGCCCUGCCCAGCCUGCGCCGCAUGGACAUGGACUCGGUUCGGGCUUGCCUUUCAGACGAGCACUGCCGUUCCACCACCUAUUGCCACAAAGAUGACUUUGACAAUGCCUACUUCACACUUCUCGGAGUCCCCAACAAACCCCUGCAAUGCUUGGACAUCACCGAAACCGGCCGGAGACUCCGAAACAGGUACCAUGAGGGAAAACUGGUACCCAUAGUGCCAGGCAUCAACCGGGUGGACUGGCCUUCCUUCACUCGCGCCAUUGAGGACUGGUCCCGCUUCGUGUCCUCGGCCGGGGAGUUCAAGUUGCCCUGCCUGAACAAGAGGGUGGAGAGUUUCAGUGGCUAUGGGGUGCGGUACUUGAAGCCAGAGGUGACCCAGAACUGGCGGUACUGUCUCAACCAGAACCCCAGCCUGGAUCGCUACGGACAGAAGCCUCUGCCUUACGACACCCUGAACGCUUUCCGCAGCUUUGGCUCAAUCUACAGCUCAAACCCCGUGGGAUUGCUCACCACACACUCAGGCCUAUCUGGCAGCAUACAGACUACAGCAUUAUACUUAUCACUGGAGAGCUUGCCUUCUCUCACCCAGCCCCUGCACACACAGGGAAUCCUUUCUGAUUUCUUACCACUACACAAUGCCUGCUAGUGCAGGUGCACUAAAUGUUUGAAAAAUGAGUAAAGCAGUACAUGACUGGUAAUCAAUGGGAAACAAAAGAUGAGGCAAAGUUGAAGGGGGGGGGGCUUGAAAGUCAAGCAGAGUUGCUAAAGAUAUAUAAAUAAAAGGAAAUAGGGAGCCAGUGAAGGCUCUUGAGCCAUAGAGAGGCAGGAUGGAAGCUGUGCUUUCGGAGUCUUGAGGAUGGGGUGGUAAAUUUGGGGGGAAAGCCUGGUGAAAGACAGCCCGGCUUUCCGGGACACCCUGGAGGCCCCUGCCUCACCCCU